GUCGUUCGCUAGCGAAGUGAGCGAGUGGUAAGGCAUUGUAUCGCAACUAUUUUAAAUUUAAAAUCGUGAACAUAAAUAUACCAUAAUUACCAUGAGAUACAACGAACUUGGUGACACCGGCCUCAAGGUCUCUCAUGUCAGCCUAGGAGGAGCCGCUUUCAGUAAUAUUUAUGGAGUAUAUGAUGAAAGAAGGAGUUUCGAUCUUAUAAGAGAGUCGUUGAAGCGAGGCGUUAAUUAUUUAGAGACUGGGCCUUGGUACGGUCAAGGCAUUUCCGAGAGUACGAUAGGAAAGGUAAAAUGUAUUAUGUUUCUAUAAUAAGUAAUAUGUAACUGUUAUCUUCACUAACAACUUAUUAGUAUACACAAUUUAUGAGGUGUGGGACAUUAGGACGUCAUACACCUCAGUCCCCCCCGUGACCAUGGGUGCUGUAAAGUGCUCGAAACGUCGGGAAUAUAAAAUAAGAUAAUAUACGCGAUAAAAUCCGUAAAAUAUAUUUUUGUUUUACUUAACAUUAAUUCUAUUUAGAUAGAUAGAUAACACUUUAUUGUACGCCAAAAAAGAAACUAAAUAUUAACAAAAAAGGAGAGAUAGAAAUGUUGUACAAUGGACGGCCUUAUCGCUAAGAGCGAUCUCUUCCAGACAACCUUUAUUUAUUGAUAUCCUUUCAUCAUCAUCAUCAUCAUUACAGCCCUUCACAAGUCCACUGCUGAACAUAGGCCUCCCCCACGGAAUGCCACAAAGCAUGGUCCUGAGCCACCUGCAUCCAUCGACUUCCUGCAUAUCUUACCAGGUCGUCACUCCAUCUAGUGGGGGAACGCUCUACACUUCGCCUGCCGUGCCGGUACGAGGCUGCCACUCGAGAACCUUUUUUCCCCAUCAGUUGUCGGUUCUUCGAGCUAUAUGGCCGGCCCAUUGCCACUUCAGCUUACUAAUCCAUUGGGCUAUGUCGGUCACUCUGGUUCUACUGCGGAUAUCCUCAUUUCUAAGAUUUUAUCACGCAGAGCAACUCCGAGCAUAGCCCUCUCCAUAGCGCGCUGAGCGACCUUGAGCUUCCUCAUCCGGCCAGCAGUGGCGGACCACGUCUCAGUUCCGUAUGUCAUCACUGGCAACACGCACUGGUUGUACAGUCUCGUUUUCAAGUUUUGAUUUAUACCUGACGAGAAGAUGUGCCGUAAUUUCCCGAACGCUGCCCAACCGAGUUGAAUCCGUCGAUUGACCUCUCGGCCAAAGUUGCCUUACCUAGUCGGACUAUUUGUCCCAGGUAAACAUACUCGUCAACAACUUCGAGCUUAAUGCUCCCAGCAACUACCGGUAUAGGUUUGACACUGACAUUAACAUGAUCUUUGUUUUGUCCAUGUUUAUCUUAAGAUCUAUCCGUUGGGAACACUAUUGAUUCUGCCAUAAGGACUAUAUCGUCGGCAAAUCGAAGGUGAGUGAUGUACUCGCCAUUGAUGUUGAUACCGUAUCCUUUCCAGUGCAGAAGCUUGAAAACGUCUUCCAAUGCAACGGUGAAGAAUUUCGGGAAUAUAACGUCACCCUGUCUUACACCUCUCUGCAAUUACAUAGGUUUCGUACUCUGGUUCUGUACUCGGAUAGCCAUCGUAGCCCUACUGUACAAGCACUUCAGCACUUCGAUAUACCGACAGUCAACUUGGCACCGCUGAAGGGACUGCAGCACCGCCCAAAUUUCGACGGAAUCAAAGGCUUUCUCAUAGUCCACAUACGCCAGGCAUAGUGGCAAAUUGUACUCCUCGGACUUCUGUACAACUUGACGAAGGGUAUGUAUGUGGUCUAUGGUGCUAAAGCCUUUUCGGAAACCGGCUUGUUCGGGAUGCUGGAAGUCGUCAAGUCUGCGCGCGUGACGAUUCGUAAUGACUCUCGAAAACAGCACGUAGACGCGGCUCAGAAGGGAAAUCGGUCUGUAGUUCUUCAAGAGAGCGUGGUCGCCUUUCUUGAAAAACAAGAACACCGCACUUCCGCUCCACGCCUCCGAUAUAAUGCCACCAUGGAGGACGGAAUUAAAGUGCUUCUGAAGGACUUCAAGCACCGGUUUUCCACUCGCUUUCAGAAGCUCCGCUGUAAUUCCAUCCUCGCCUGGGGCCUUGCCGUUUUUAAGGUGUUGUAGAGCCAUUCUAAUCUCGCUCAGACUGACGUCCGGGAUAUCAUCGGAAUAAUGUCGGAUAAGACUCGCUCUUGGAUACUCACACUUGCGUGUGGCUCCAACGAUGAUGUGUAGAGCUGCCCAUAGAACCUCUCAAUCUCACUUAAAAUCUCAGGUAUCCCGGAAAUGACGCUGCCACACUCGGUCUUCAUCUUCGACAGUUGGCUGUUUCUGGCAGACAGAUCUCUAGCAAAGAUUUUGGAGUCCUGGUUCCGCUCAAUCGCUUCGUCAAUACAAGCAGUGUUAAAGUUGUAUAAGUGCCGCCGCAUGCAUUUGGAGAUCUGUCUGUUCAGUUGCCUGUAUGCUGUCAAAUCUACUGAAGACUGCAGCUUCAUAUCCCGUCUAACAGCCAUGAGAUUAAGAGUGUGAUCGGAGAGUUUUUAUGUUCUUCUGCGGCGGGUCUUGCAAAACUUAGCUCCGACCGCAUGGACAGUUUCCACGUGCUUGUCAUUCAUAUCGUCCACUGCAUUGCAAUCUUCUAGGCACUGGAAAUGGUUUCGUAGCUAGAGCUGAAAGGUUUCGGGACUUUGGAUUAGAGCACGAGGGGGACGGAGCGUUGACUUCAUUAGACGUGAACUCUCUAACUUAAAGUUUAGGUUCAGUGUGCCUCUCAUCAUUUGAUGAUCGCUGCUGGUUUUCAUCCUCGCGAUCACUGAGACAUCACUGAACAGUUGUCGUCUGGUCGUCAUAAUGAAGUCAAUCUCAUUUUUUGUCGAAUCGACGGGGCUUGACCAGGUCUACCUCCUGUGGGGCCGCUUCUGGAAGAAGGAGUUUAUCAUAAAGAGUCCCUCUUUCUUCAUGAAGUCGGCCAGCUGCUGGCCCCUUGGGUUCCGUUGCCCUCUUUCGAAUUUCCCUACUUUCAGCUCACCGUUCUCUCUUGUGCCUAGUUUUGCGUUGAAGUCUCCCAUUAACACCGUAUAGCGGGUUUUGGAGGAAUGCAUGGCUCUAGAGAUAUCCUCAUACAUUUCCUCCACCUCAUCAUCGAGGUGUGCCGAGGUUGGUGCGUAAACCUGUAUGACCUUCAGCGAAUACCGUUUGGUGAUUCUGAGUAUAAGGUACGCAACCCUCGUCGACACACUCCCAAUCUUUACAACAUUGUUAACGAGAUAUUUGUGGACGAUAAAUCCGACACCUCCUUGGGACAGAUGGUCGCCCUCCCGGUGAUAGAACAACUUGCCGGAUUCAAGGAUUACCGUGUCCUCCCCCUCUCUUCGGGCCUCGGAUAAUCCUAUGAUAUUCCAGCGCAACUUGUCUAUCUCUUCUUCCAGUUCCAGGAUCUUCUCGUCAGUCCUCAGGGUGCGUGCUUUAUAAGUUGCCAGGUCGAGUCGUCGUAGGUGGCAAUCGAACCACCCCCUGCCCCGCCGUUACCAUCGUCGCCACCGUAGCCAGGAAUAGCGGGGCCGCCGGGGACUGGGGGCCGUCUCUUCGUUACUCUCAUUGGGGGUAUAUUGUCAUAGUUGCCACGCUUAGCGAGCGGGUUGGCAACCGCAGUUUUUUUUAUUGUUGUUUUUAUCAGAAAGAUGCUGCUGCCCAUCCUCUGCCUCAGUUUCUCUUUGUCGCCUCUUACGACACCCACGGGAAGACAUGGUUUAGUGAGUAUUCUUUCCCGCCACUACACAGGGGAUAUCCUUUAUGAUCAAAAAUUUGGUUUUGCUCAGGAAUCAAAACUGUAAAAGAUAACUUUAAUCUGAAUUUUUACGUUUCUAUCAAAAUACAUUAUUUUCAAUCUAAAAUUACAAAAUAUUUUUUACGCUACCUAACGUAAUACUCCGAUUCAAAGAUGUAAGGGAUGAUUUUAAUCUCAAAUUUUUACGUUUCCCUCUAGUUUUAGGGUCAAUUAUGAACUGGUCAAAACUUGUGUAUAUUUUCCUGUGGAUGGGUGACGGUAUAAUUAAAUUUGAAUUCAUAAAAAGACGACCAGUUCUGGAAGAAAAAUGUGGAGGGACUUUUAGUAAAAUUCUGCAAUAACUGCUUACCUCCAGCGCUAGCUGAUACGCGAGAUACAUGAAUCUAAGAUAUCAAAGCUCGCAUACGAAUAAAAAUAUACCGAUGAAAUAACGUGUAAAAGCCAACAUUUACCUGUUUAUUUUUAAUUAAAAAAAAAACAGUUUUAUCAUUCACACAUGUUUUUUUAAUACGAAUUUUCAAUCCCUAUUUUC